GAGAAGGAGAAGGAGGAGGAGGGAAAGGAAAGGAAAAAGAGGAGGUUCAAGAAGUCCAACCUUCUUCUUCCGAGCGGCUCAGACUCCGGCGCGCAUUCCUCCAGGACGCACGCCCGGGCUCCCCAUUUGGGCUCCUUUUGCCCCCCAAAGGUCUCUCCUUUUUGGGGGGUCCUCCUCCUCUUCCUCUUCCCCAAAGUCUCCCCCAGGAAGAGAAGGCUCUCCUCGACCUGCUUCCCUUUCCCUUCCUCUCCUUUCCUUCCUUCCUUCCUUCCUUCCUUCCAUGGCUUCUCUCCCUGGGACUGUACCAAGGAUGAUGCGCCCAGCUCCAGGACAGAACUACCCCAGGACCGGAUUCCCUUUGGAAGUCUCGACCCCUCUGGGCCAAGGCCGGGUCAACCAGCUGGGGGGCGUCUUCAUCAACGGGCGGCCCUUGCCCAACCACAUCCGGCACAAGAUCGUGGAGAUGGCCCACCACGGGAUCCGGCCCUGCGUCAUCUCCCGCCAGCUCCGCGUCUCCCACGGAUGCGUCUCCAAGAUCCUCUGCCGGUACCAGGAGACCGGCUCCAUCCGCCCCGGGGCCAUCGGGGGCAGCAAGCCCAGGCAGGUUGCUACUCCGGACGUGGAGAAGAAAAUCGAGGAAUACAAACGAGAGAAUCCCGGAAUGUUUAGCUGGGAGAUCCGGGACCGUCUCUUGAAGGACGGCCAUUGCGACCGGAGCACUGUCCCUUCAGGUUUAGUGAGUUCUAUUAGCCGGGUGCUCCGAAUCAAGUUCGGGAAGAAGGAGGAGGAGGAUGACUGCGACAAGAAGGAGGAGGACGGUGAGAAGAAGGCCAAGCACAGCAUCGACGGCAUCUUGGGCGACAAAGGCAACCGGCUGGACGAAGGUUCGGACGUGGAGUCGGAGCCGGACUUGCCCCUGAAGCGCAAGCAGCGCCGCAGCCGGACCACCUUCACGGCCGAGCAGCUGGAGGAGCUGGAGAAGGCCUUUGAGCGGACCCACUACCCGGACAUCUACACACGGGAAGAACUGGCCCAGAGGACCAAGCUGACCGAGGCCAGGGUCCAGGUCUGGUUCAGCAACCGAAGGGCAAGAUGGCGCAAGCAAGCCGGGGCCAAUCAGCUGGCGGCCUUCAACCACCUCCUCCCGGGGGGUUUCCCACCCACCGGGAUGCCGACUUUGCCACCGUACCAGCUUCCGGAUUCCACCUACACAACGACCACUCUUUCCCAAGACGGGAGCAGCACUGUCCACAGACCCCAGCCUCUGCCGCCAUCCAGCAUGCACCAGGGAGGGCUGGCGGCCGCAGCGGCAGACUCCAGCUCGGCCUACGGGCCGCGGCACAGCUUCUCCAGCUACUCUGAGAGCUUCAUGAACCCCACGGCCCCCACCAACCACAUGAACCCCGUCAGCAAUGGCCUCUCUCCUCAGGUGAUGAGCAUCCUGAGCAACCCCAGCGGGGUCCCCGCUCAGCCCCAGGCCGACUUCUCCAUCUCCCCGCUCCACGGCAGCCUGGAGACGGCCAACUCCAUCUCGGCCAGCUGCAGCCAGAGGAGUGACUCCAUCAAGUCCGUGGACAGCCUCCCCACUUCCCAGUCCUACUGCCCCCCCACCUACACCACCACCGGAUACAGCGUGGACCCCGUGGCCGGAUACCAGUACGGGCAGUAUGGGCAAACCGCCGUUGACUACUUGACCAAGAACGUCAGCCUGUCCACACAGCGCCGGAUGAAGCUCGGCGAACAUUCGGCUGUCCUUGGCCUGCUCCCGGUCGAAACGGGCCAAGCAUAUUGAUGGAAACGCCCCGAUCGAGAACUCCUCCGUUGACGACGAGACGCCGGAGAGAAUGAGAAAUCCCACUUACUCCUCCUCUUGAACUCAAUCUUUGAGAUCUUCCCAAUCCUCAAAGAGGACGAACGGCUGGAGAAAGGGCUCGAACUGUCCGUCUGUCCAAAUCCUUGCCCGUCGUCUUUGCCGUCAACUCAUUCCAAGACCAGAGACAAUGAGCUGGGUCUAAGCGAGUUGUACGGCGUUUGGGCCUUUCGAGGCCGACCAACGUUUAUGGACUUCCCAUCGAUGUUGCCUACUUGGCGUUGUCUCUGUGGACUCUUGUCUAUUUCUUUGUGGUUAUAUAGAGAUAGGUAUCGAUAUAUUUUGUUUGUUUGUCCGCCUAAACCCUCCCCUUCACCCCGUUUUGUUAUCGUAGGAGGACCAACGUUCCCUGGGAAGUAGGAGUCCUGGUUGGGACCAAGCGUCGAGAUGGACGGACCAAAAAAAAAGAAGCAAUUGUUAGAUUAUCAAUGUUCGUAUCAAUUCGUACCAGGGACCAAUCAAAGACAGGACAGGGAUGGGUAGAUGUGAUGUAUAGUUCUGUUUUUUUGGAAAAGUUGGGGACCAGAUGUCACUGAACGCCAGUUAGCUUUCCUUGUGAAGGUCCUCAAGUCAAGAAGUUCUGGAGUUGAAGUAUUCCAGCUCAGAAUAUAGUGAGUUGGGUUCCAGAAUUAAACCAAAAUGGACCAAAAGUGUUUAUCUUUGUGAGUGGCUCCAUUUUGGGGAGCGAAGUUCCCCAAAAAGGAGGUUAUUGAGAUGUUCCCACCAAAAUCCCUCUCCUCUGAAUGAUGUUUUCAUGCCCAUUCAUGCAUUGGUCCCAUUGGAUGAGUGCAACCCUUCCACAAAACCACGCAGAUCCAUCUGUUCUUGGGAAAUGUAUCCAUUCUCCAAAGGUUCUUGAGAUGUUCCUACCAAAAUCCCUCUCCUCUGAAGGAUGUUUUCAUGCCCAUUCAUGCAUUGGUCCCAUUGGAUGAGUGCAACCCUUCCACAAAACCACGCAGAUCCAUCUGUUCUUGGGAAAUGUAUCCAUUCUCCAAAGGUUCUUGAGAUGUUCCUACCAAAAUCCCUCUCCUCUGAAGGAUGUUUUCAUGCCCAUUCAUGCAUUGGUCCCAUUGGAUGAGUGCAACCCUUCCACAAAACCACGCAGAUCCAUCUGUUCUUGGGAAAUGUAUCCAUUUCCAAAAGGUUCUUGAGAUGUUCCUACCAAAAUCCCUCUACUCUGAAGGAUGUUUUCAUGCCCAUUCAUGCAUUGGUCCCAUUGGAUGAGUGCAACCCUUCCACAAAACCACGCAGAUCCAUCUGUUCUUGGGAAAUGUAUCCAUUUCCAAAAGGUUCUUGAGAUGUUCCUACCAAAAUCCCUCUACUCUGAAGGAUGUUUUCAUGCCCAUUCAUGCAUUUGUCCCAUUGGAUGAGUGCAACCCUUCCACAAAACCACGCAGAUCCAUCUGUUCUUGGGAAAUGUAUCCAUUCUCCAAAGUUUCUUGAGAUGUUCCCACCAAAAUCCCUCUCCUCUGAAUGAUGUUUUCAUGCCCAUUCAUGCAUUGGUGCCAUUGGAUGAGUGCAACCCUUCCACAAAACCACGCAGAGCCAUCUGUUCUUGGGAAAUGUAUCCAUUCUCCAAAGGUUCUUGAGAUGUUCCUACCAAAUUCGUCUCCUCUGAAUGAUAUUUUCAUGCCCAUUCAUGCAUUGGUCCCAUUGGAUGAGUGCAACCCUUCCACAAAACCACGCAGAUCCAUCUGUUCUUGGGAAAUGUAUCCAUUUUCAAAAGGUUCUUGAGAUGUUCCUCAACCUAAGAGCUACGAAAACAUUCCUCUCCAUAGAGUAUUGCUUUUUUUUUGGACCCACAUUAUGAUCCCAUUGGAUGGAUGUAACUCUUCCAUAAAACCACACAAUUCCAUCCAUACUCUGGAAUGACUCUCAUUGGGAUCAUGACCCCAAUGUUUCCUCCAAUUGGACCAAGGCUCCUUGGAGGAGGAGAUCCUAAGGAGAAAUGGCUCAAACUUGGGUUAGUUUUGAUCCCAAAUUGGAACCAUUUCCUCGGCAAAGUGUUCUUCUUUCAUUCCAACCCCACUGUCCCCUCCUUAGGUUCAUGUUCUUCCGAUCCAACUAUCGGGGUAAAUAAACAAACACAGAACACUCCUAGGUAGGUAAUUUCAAUCAUUCCCUCCUCUCACAUUCCCUGAGCUCUGCAUGGGUCUGAUUGUCUCAAGGCAAGCAAAACUCAACAGAGUUUUGAUCUGUAGUUAGCAGAGAUUUAUAGCACGGCCUCUGGCCUUGUUUGCCACUCACCGCAUUCAUCAUACGCUUGAGCUCUGGUUCCAGAUUCUUGAAACCAAGCCAAGAAGGUUCUAGGUCUCUCUAAGAAGAAAGUCCCUGCAGAAAGGGCACAAGAGAUGAAUCUAGAAGGUUCUAGGUCUCUCUAAGGAGAAAGUCCCUGCAGAAAGGGCACAAGAGAUUAAUCGACAUUCCAGUUUCAUGAGCCGUUCUUGAGUUUGUAGGAUGUUCUUUGUCUCUACCGUGGUCCAAAAGUCCGGUUCCCCUCGAUCCCACAGCUCCAGUCCUAUGAGCGGUGGGUUCUGUGUAAGGUUUUCAAUGGGUUGUGGAUUGUUGUCUUAAUGAUACUUCAUAUUCCUGUAAACUAACGGAGAUUCCCAUAAAAAAUGAAGAUUCCUGUAAAAAAAACAGAGAUUCCCGUUAAAAAAAUGGAGAUUACUGUAAAAAAACGGAGAUUCUCGUAAAAGAGGAGAGUCCCGUAAAAAAGGAGAUUCCCGUAAAAACGAGAUUCCCGUUAAAAAAACGAGAUUACUGUAAAAAAAACCGGAGAUUCUCGUAAAAAAUGAGAUUCCCAUAAAAAAAGGAGAUUCUCGUAAAAAAAGGAGAUUCCCGUAAAAAAACCUGAAGAUUCCCGUAAACGAAAGGAUAAUGCAGAAGCAAUAGAGACAUUUCAAUAACGUUGACUAUUUGCCACCGCCAACAAAACGUGUCCUCUGUAGGCAUUUUCUAGGUCCUCCAGUGCGAGAUUCCGGGUCCGGAAUUCCUUCAUAUUAUUAGAGUUUGCUAUUUGUCCACACUUUUGCUCAUCCGCGUCCAGCAAAUCGUGUCCUCUUCUCAGCAUUUUCUUGGCCCUCCAACAUUGCGUUGUGGGCCAAGAGCGAACCCUACUUCUCAGCGACGAUUUCAGUGUAUUCAGUGUUCGUUCAAAGAUGCCAUUCCCAAACCUCGGAGGGGGGGAAACAGCGAUAUUACCUGUAGAGCAUACCUUUAUUCCUAAUACGUGUAGAUAAGGUCGCUUCUGUGUUGGAACCAUAGCUAAUCCCACUCCAUGCGUAUCUGUGCGCCUGAACGGCAGGGGAGUGCGUGGUCGCGUGCGUGUAGAUAUAUAUAUAAAAGCAUAAAUCUAUAUAUAUAUAAUCAUCCCCCAUAAUUUAUUCAGCUAUAUGGAGUAGUAGAGUAGAGAAACAAAGAAACCUGGUAUUUGCUUUGAAAUCCCUUCCGCCGCGGCCUGUUAGGUGUCUCUCUCUGUAACUCAGGCUUUCACCAUUAUCCAUUAAAAAAAGAAGAA